AUGGAAUUUGCAGAGAUUAACGUAGCACGCCUUUUCGGCUUGCGUGGUUCGAGUGGCAUAGUCCGCGUCAGUCCAGGCUUGCUUCAGCGCGAUAGAGAUGCGAGGAACAUAGUAGAUCGCAUGGGCCUAGCGAGUCAAAAGGCUCAAGGCCUUGGAGCGCCCGUCACCACCUCCAGCUGCCUCACCAUUGCAGCGGAAUUUAUGGAGGCUAGUAUGAGUAUCAGUAUCUAUACUAGACAAUUUUUGAUUAUUACAUAGGUCAAUAUACUUGCUAGAAAAUAGCCUUUUUUUGUUUUUUCUACCUUCCUCUGACUGGUCUUUGUUUUUUUAGUUAGGUCUGCUCCACCACAAUUAAUACAUCUUCUGUCAUAAUUAUGUAUCCUCCACUUCUUGUUCGUGCAGUCCCGCUCCUGUGGGUCAUCAGCUCCGUCACAGUGUCCAAGUGAGUCAUCAAGGAAUACAGGCGAAGAUGUUACAGGAACAAUGAUGGCAUGUCCAACAGCACAAGCGACGUGAUGAUUCUCUAAUAAUCACAAUAGUCCUCAUGUGCAACGGCUUUACCUAUUAAUCCGAGAUAUGCGGUUUGUGGUAGGUCUCCUAAAAUUCGGCCGCAAGAAGCUGUUCGUCCAACUCGGAGAGGGGAGCUUGAACAAGAUUCAUUAUGAUAUAUUUAUAAUGAUUGGGAUCAUUCCGAUUUCUAUAUUUCACUGUUAUAACAUUGUGAUCAUGCUCGUGAGUUCGCCUCUGUGUAAGUUUUGCUUCAAAGUUGGCCGGUAGGGGUCAAACCUGAAGUACAUGACCAUGACCAUUGUGGUGUAAACAUUGUUCAAUGAUCAGCGUGGAAACAUAGAUCAUUGCCGUCGAGUUUCUUUAUUUUGAUAGACAACAUCAGGUCAACGUCUUCAAGAUAAAGCUCGUGUAGGACAAAGCACACACAACUUUUUCGAGUCUCUACUUCUAAUUCGACGGCGGAUACGACAUCAACAAAAGGGGACUGUGGGAAGCUGUUGAUGCCUACUGCGUGUUAGAUUUCUACGUUCAUGAGUCACGCCAACGCCAAGGCGAGGGUCGAACCCUAUUCGAUCAUGCUUUGUUUAUGACUUUGACUCGGUACUGUACAGAGAGACUAUACAACAUCGUCCUCUCUGUACAGACUGUACAUCAUCUAGGUUAUAGAUUUAGAAGGUAUAGGGAUCGAUGCUGGAGUUUAAUUAUGUGGCGUCUGAUAGACAUGCUUGUUUGAUUAUCCUGCAGCUUGAGCUGGUCCUGGUGCGAUAUUAUAUAAUUGUAUUUCAGUGCCGAGUGUGGUCGCCGACCACCUGAGAUGAAUUGUGGUAAACAGGUAGAAGUAACUAGCACACAAUACAGCAUGGGAAAUAUGCUCAUGCUUCAUGAUUGUUUCAAGAGUCUGUUCUUGAGAUUUGCUACUCCAUCAAAUGAUAAUCCAUCAUUCGUUCGUCAUCUCUUCUACAACCUUCUAAUCUUCCUCUUGAAAGUGUUGUGAAUCCAGCUCAGCUUGCGUAUGACAGACCUUCGAGGAAGCUCCUGGGAUUCCUCUCAAAGCACUUUGGUCUGCGACAAUACACACCCCAAGCUAUGAAAAGCAAAACUGUUAUCAUUAUCAAGUUUCUGAAGUAGGAAAGUACGAUAAUGAUAGCAGAUUUUGGUUUCAUACAAACCAACAACUUCGUUCUCUUUGACGACUUCUUCUUAGACCACAGUUGCGCAGACACGACUUCGAGUUUGAAGAAUAGACUAGACGCACAACGAAGCACUUCGACUUCGAGUUUGAAACGCGCAACGAAGCAACCUUCUAGUUUUGCUGCUCCAUCGUGCGUGGAAUUCGAUGUAGUAGAAGCGCGUCACGGCGACCAUACACAAGUUCUUGCUCAGAGGUAUAUGGAUGUAGACCUUCAAGAGAUGCUGGCUCAGAAAACCAAAGCAGCUUGCGCUGCUCAUUCACCUUCUUCACCAUCUAGGACGUCAGCAAUUUCUCGACCACAUGGGAAAGGACCACAAGGAGGAAGCACUACAAGAUCAAAAAAAAAAUUCCAAAAAACGACAGUCGAGGUCGAUGGAGCAGGAGGUGGCGGUGGGGGAAUAUCAGUUUCCGAUAUUCCUGAUGAGUUUCAGCGGUUGCUUGCCUACUUAGGAACAUUUUUUUUGAAGUGAAAUAGUUUCUUGAAUUCUAAGGCCAAUGAGAUUGUUAAGAUUUCCCUCCAGGCCUAAUUCUGAGAUCAAGGGUUGAAUUCUUCCUAGUACUGCCAGAUUCAAUUCAGUGGACUUGUCCACCGCAAUAAAGUUUUCAAGCAAACCCCUUCACCCUACGAAGCCCUCUAACCUAGUCCGAUCACGGCAAAAGCAGUAGCUUUAAGGCUCAACUUUCAAUGGUCAUUGGAGUUGGUCAGUGAGAUCGAAGAGGCGACCCCUUGAGAGAACAGGGGAAAACGAAGGGAAAGGGGAGAACUUUGAAGGGGGUCCCUUCCGUUCAGAGUCAGUGACCACUGAAGGCUGAGCUUUAAUAGCUCCUCUCAAGGAGGAGACGAGGGCAGAGGACAGGAGAGCAAAUCGGUGUCGGCGUCUUCUGCGUUCGUCAGGUUAUGCUGAUCUUCAUGAACAUACAGUAUGCUGCAUACUGAUGUGAUACUAGUACUCCCAGAACUCUAUUUCUAAUUCUAUUUUUUUAUGACGGUGAAAUUUGGUUCCAAGCCCAAAAUGGGCCUGAAAAAGUCAGGAGUCGGAAGCGCUGAUGGUCGCUCCAGGGGGCCAGCAUAUCCGACGCGUCUUCACGUGUCCGGCGCCAGGUUGCAAACUGGGAGUUGGAUGGAAAGCGUUGGUAACCAAAUUUCACCGUCAUAUUCUUACUUGUGAUUGAUAGGACUUGAAAACUUCUUGUUCUUGCGGUAAGUACUAGAUGAAGAAUUAGAACAAGUAUGUCGUGGUUCUUUUUACAUGAAUUAUUACAAUUUCUGAAGAACUAGAAGUAUGUGGUUCUUUUUACAUGAAUGAUUACAAUUUCUGAAGAACUAGAAGUAUGUGGUUCUUUUUACAUGAAUUACAAUUUCCAUCUCCUGCUAGCUUCCUCGACUUCACGACGAGAACUCUGCUUUUGUUUUUUUUUUGACAAAAGAAGCACAACAAGUUUCCUUUGUCUAACUACGAGUGCGACCACAUCAAGACGAUUGCAAUACGCCACUUCGAAUACAACGUAUGGAGCAGGCUUUGGAGGUGGCUUUGAAGCAUUGAUGAGAGAGUUCCCCACGCAGCGAUUCUCGAGAACGAUGGCUCAGAGCUUUAGAAGAACGAGGCCGAUUUUGUGAAGAUAAGUAUUGUAAAGAACUUCCUGGUUUAGGAAAGCACGACUCAUACCCAUUUUGAUGAAGAAGAACUUCACGCUGUCGAUGUCGAAGGAAAAGCUAUUUUGGGUCGAGGAAAAGCUGUAGUGGUUCGAUGCCACGGGAAACGAGAAGCAGGGUGGACAGAAACCCAUCCCCAUCGAGUUUUUGAAACACUUGCAAAGAAGAUACAAUGUGAACCACCAUUGAAAUGCAACGAAGGGUGACAAAUCGUGACGAAAUCUUAGUAGAAGAAGUGUCCAAAAGAGCUCUUUCGCAACUUCCUG